AACGGGUGCGAGUGUAGUGAGGUUUUCAUGACUGAACAGUGUGAAUUUACUGGAGAUCUGCUGGUCUGAGUGCGUUGCCUGCGAGUAUCUGCAGUAAACACGAGUAUUGAUCACCUGAGAGAGAGUAGCGAUGGGCUUCAGAAAGAAGAACAAGAGUCCUCCGGUGCUCAGCCACGAGUUUGUCAUCCAGAAUCACGCGGAUAUGGUGUCGUGUGUGGCCAUGAUCAUCCUGCUGGGACUCAUGUUUGAGGUGACAGCAAAAUUUGCGAUCAUGUUCAUCACUGUCCAGUACAAUGUCACUCUAAACCUGGAUGCCGAGGACAAGACUGAGCCGGUGAAUUACUACAAGUACGGUCCCAAAGACAUUGCUACUGUGUUCUUUUACCUGCUCAUCGCUAUAAUUCUUCAUGCCCUGAUUCAAGAGUACAUACUUGAUAAAAUCAAUCGUCGACUACACUUGUCCAAAACAAAGCACAGUAAGUUUAAUGAGUCGGGACAGCUGGCUGCCUUCUACUUGUUCUCCUUCAUCUGGGGCUGCAGCAUCCUCACCAAUGAGGAAUUUGUGACAAAUCCGACAUUUCUUUGGGAAGGCUACCCUCAUACCCACAUGGCUUUCCAGGUGAAGUUUUUCUAUAUCUGUCAGAUUGCUUACUGGUUCCAUGCUCUUCCUGAACUUUAUUUUCAGAAAGUACGAAAGGAAGAUAUUCCACGUCAACUGUACUACAUUUGCCUUUAUACCUUUCACAUCGCUGGUGCCUACGUUCUCAAUCUCCACCGUCUAGGUCUAGUUCUUCUGGUGCCACAUUACCUAGUGGAGCUGCUGUUUCACGCCUCACGACUCUUCUACUUCAGUGAUGAAAACAAGCAGAAGGGGUUCACGUUGUGGGCUCUUCUGUUUGUUAUCACUCGUCUCCUGACGCUCACCAUCUCUGUCCUGACGUUCGGUUUCGGCCUGUCCCGCACAGAUAAUCAGGGAUUCUCCUUAGCUGAAGGAAACUUUAACGUGCUUACCGUCAGGAUGACCUGUCUAUCAGCCAUCUGCCUGACCCAGGCCUGGAUGAUGUGGAAAUUCAUCAACUUCCAGCUGAAGAAGUGGAGAGAACAAACGCAAAUCCAGGCCAGCAAGAAGAAAGCCAUCAGCCCAAAAAGCAGACCUAGCAAGAAGGACUCUCGGGGGGGUUCAGUCAAUGGAGUCAUGAAACCAGAUGACAAGACAUCACCAAGAGCAAGAAAAUCAAAAGCAUCAUAAAAGCAAAGAGACAACAGUUGCCCAGAUUGUAAUACUCCGUUUCAACUCUGAACUCAAUGAAACGGAUUUGAUUACAAUGAAAAGAACCACAGAAACAAAUUAAGGAUCUACGUGUACGGCAUGGUUCAACUUUUAAUUUUCUCCUGUUUUUUUCUGUUUUAAAAAAGCACUAUAGAUUUAUGUUCCUUAUGUCCAUUUGCCCGUGACUUAUAGUAAGAAUGAGGGGUUUUCAGAACCUUUUAUGAUUUGCAGAGAAUGCUUCAAAGAAAUCAUUGCUCAAAAGAGGAUAUUGCUCUGCUUUAUAUGCCAGAUACACAGGCAUCACACAUGUUCAUCUUGAUACAAAGAUUAAGCAUUUUAUCCCCUGAAGUCUUGCCCUGAUGCUUAUUACACCCCAUCCGGCAUUUUCACCAUGCUUCGUAUGAAACACUUAGUGUGGAUGGAAGCAUUUGAAAAGUGUUCUUUUUAAAUUGUUAACCUUUUGGUCCUCAGUCCUUUAAGCUACUAUGAAGCUCUGUGAGAAUCUAUUACGUCAACACAAAGAAGCUGAAGUGGCGAAAGACAGCUAUAACCUGCUAUACAACUGUUUUGUUUUCAUGUAGCUUUUAAAUUACCUCAUCAGUGUAAUUUUACAUUUAGAAAUUGAGAGUUAGAGCAAAGAUUUUAAGGUAUGGUUUCAGUGUUCGAUUGUGUUUGAAUCGAGGAGAAUCUUUUGCCGGCAUAGUUUUUAGUGACGGUGGUCAUGAUGGAGCUAAUUGGACGAGGGCCCCCCUGCAGGAUUGGAUUAUGCCAGCAACUUAAUUUAGUGUCUCGUUUUGGUGUUUAACUGCAUUUGAAUGCUGUUUGAGGAGCGUCUUUAUGCAACUGUUGCGACAAUGGUCUAUGUAGAGAUAGUUGUGAAGGGUCUCAUUUCAGUGUUUGCCUUCUAAUGCUGUUUGAGGAACAUUUUUGGCAGCAUAGUUUUUAUCGACAUCGGACGAGGUAGUGCUAAUUCCAUAAAGACCGGUUUGGAUGAUGCUGACAACUUGAUUUGUCUUGUUUUUGGUGUUCGAUUGCAUCUGAAUGCUGUUCGAGGCAAAUCUUUUUAUGUGAUUGUCUAAGGUUUGCUGGUUGUGUGGGCUCCCCCUGCAGGCUUGGAUGAAGCAGAGAUGAUUUUAGGGUCUCAUUUUAUGGUCGUUUGAGGAUAAUCUUUUGCCGUCCUAGUUUAGUGACAGUGGUCGCGGUCAAGCUAAUUGGACAAGUGCUCCCUCUGCAGGUUUGGAUGAUGCCGACAACUUGAUUUUAGGUUAUUGUUGUGGUGUUCGAUUUCGUUUGAAUGCCGUUUAGGAGAACCUUUUGGCAAAAUCAUUUUUAAUCCCCCUGCAUGAUUGAAUUUUGGACAACUUAAUUUAGGUGUUUGCAUUUGAAUGCUGUUUGAGGAAAAUAUUUUCUUUAGCAACAGUGGUGGCAGUAGAUUUUGUUGUAUAAGGGCUCCCCCGGCAGGCCUGGAUGAUGCUGUGCAUGAUGAAUUUCCUUAAGUCUGAUUUGCCUUUUUUUGCCUCAUUUUAACCCCCAAAAGGGGUUCACAUGCUAACAGAGGACCAUUAGAGAGCCUAAGUGGCCAGGUUUGGUGCUUAUGUUUUUAUUGAUAUAAUCCAUAAGCAUUGAUGGUGAUAUCACUGUUGGUUUCAGUUGUAAAUCUGUGAUGAGCAUUGGAGCUAAUUGUUGUGUAAUGGUACACAAUUUUAUCUUUCAUGCAAAGGAAGCCUGGCUUUUAGCCAAAAAAAUGAAAAAGAAAAAGAAAAAAAAAGCUCUUUAAGGAAAAGAGGAAUCUUUCAAAUUAGCAAAAAUUCUGCAGAAGUUUUCAACCGAGGAGAGCAAUUGUGUGAAUUUAUAUGGAGUGUUUGCUGUUUCUGACAGUUAAAGAGAUGUUUAGGAAACUCUGAAAAGCUCUUCCUAUGUGAAAAAUAAUGGAGCAUAAGCUGUUUUUACUACAAAUUCUUUGUGGCCUUUCUUCUUAGUUUGAGUGGUUUGCUCUCGGUUAUGUAUCAUCUAUACUUCUGAUGUCCAUGCCUGUCUGUGUCUGUCAGUAUGGAUGGGCCGCUGCAGUGUAUGCAGUUCACAUGAAACCAGUCAACUCUUCUUUAAGUGUUCUUAAAAUGAGAACCGUAGAAGCUGCAAUCUAUCUCAGUUAAAGCACUGUUGAUUUUUUUCUGUCUCUGUUAUGAGUUUAUUUUCCUGUGAGUGAUGAGAGAUUAAUUUUGAUAUUCCUUUGCCCUGUUGAAUUGGCCAUGUAUAUGUGUGCUUGUUGCAAUCUGUGAAAGAAUCCCCUCACUGUAUGGUUUGUUGCUUAAUAGCAGAAAUAAAACCAUAGGCAUGGAGUCCAUUAAAAUGUUCAGGUUUUAAGUUUCUUUUGUGAGCAAGACCCAAACUGCCAGUUUCUAUUGUUUUGUGAAGCCUGUCUGUUAUGGUUUGUAUCAGUUACCAAACUGUAUGAAAGAGACUUGUUGCACUCUCCCAAUGCUUUUGGUAUUGCCUGUAUAUAAUAUAUGUCGUGCAUUAUUAUCAGUACAGUUUCAGGGUCCAGUGCCUGAAUCUGAUUGCAGUACUGGGUAAAUCCAAAUUAAUUGUUUGCUUUUGUUCGGUACAAUUGGAACAACAAGAAGAACCCCAAUUUGAAGCGGAGUCGUUUUGGAGCAAAGUUUUCAGUUUUCAUAGUAACUGAAAUAAUGUAAUGCUUCAACUCACAAAAACAUGUCUAGGUCAUAUUUUACACAACAAAUCAAAAGAAAAAAAUAAAGAAUAAUAAUUACAUUUUUUAGAUGGUAGUUUACUGUAUUAAAUAAAAAAUACAGUAAUGCAAUGAUUUAAUGAUAAUGAUUAUUUAAAUAAGCAUGAAUUUGAAGGCAGUUCACAAAUAUGUUCAUUAUUUUUUCCCACUGUGGUAAUGAGAUUUAGUUUUUAUUUUAUUUUUUCACAUUAGAUUCUCAUUACUGUAAUACAGUAAUUUACUGUAUUACAGAAAAAAUACUAUAAUGCUAUGUUUUAUUUAGAUAAGCAUAAAUUCAAAGGCAGUACAACAAAUACCUCCAUGACAUAUAAAUAUUUGGAUAAUUAAAUAUACUAUAAUUUUCUACAAAUUUGUGCCAAGAAUAUUUUUUUUCUUUUUUUUUCACAUUAGAUGCUCAUUACAGUAAUAAAAUGUCAUGAAAAAUAUGUCACUGCAAAAGUUCUUAAUGGCCUCUUCUUUGUUAUUUGUUUACUUGAAAUAUGGCCUGGAGAUGUUUGUGGCAGGUUUUGUGAAAUUCACCCUCUUGGUCGCUCUCAAUUCAGGGUUUUAAAAGUAUCUGUAGCCUAAUUGCUGUUUAGUGAUGGAAGUACAUGAAAUGUUUUGAAAUGAUGGAAAAGCCUCCAUAUGCCCUUACGGAUACAUCUUCCAUGUAUUUAAAAACAUAGUGCUUUGGUUUUAUUGCAAAACUGAUUCCUGAGAUUCAAGUUGGUGCUGGUUCUUCUGUAAAAUGUUAUCUUUGACGUUUGAAUGAACGACUCUCCCCUCAGCUAAGAGUAAAAUCAUCCAUGUUUACGUAGAGAGGACAUUCGUUUUUUUUCCCUCCAAAAUGAAUUGUUUUAUCAAACCGGAACAAACUAGAGUUAAUGUUCAUUCCUGCCACACAUGGCUCAGGAUUUUUUUAAAUGAAACAUUUACAGAAGAAUCUUAUUAUGAAUCUUAUAUGAUGUUCGGCAAACUAAAGACAAAUAGAAAAUGUGUAGAAGGUUAUAUGAGUAAUUCACUACUGAAUAUGUCAGAUUUUUAAACUAUUUUUAUAGUGUUGGAAAAACUGUUAAGAGAUUAACAUUAUUUAGAGCAUAUAAAUAUUUUCCUGCUUUUAUUGGUUUAUUAUUUUUAUACUGUGUUGGGGAAACUUUCUACCAUUUUGUGUGUUGUUAAGUGGAACUACAAAUGAUGAAAUGAUCAGCACCAUUUAAAAAAAAAAAGCUUGUAGUGGGAUACAUCUUCAAUUUGCAGUGGUGUAUCAUUUAAAUCGGGUGAAAACAAGAGUAAUUUAAACAAGGAUAAUCUGUAUUAUUAGUUUUUGUUUUUCAUUUUUAGGUGUGGAACCUUGAAGGAUAAAAACACAGUGAAAAUGAAAACCUUUUCACACCCUCCCAUUUGUUUCCUCUUUAAAGACACUCAAACAGACAACUGUGGUGUUUAUGAUGUGGCUUAAUUGUUCAUCGUGUGUGUGUGUGUGUGUGUAAAUAUAUAAAAUCCUUUAAGUUGUUAAAUUCACAAAAUACAUCAGUUUUUACAGUGGUAUUUGGAGUCUGAUCAGCAUAUACAUUCAGAUAUUUGUGAAAUUAAAAGAUUCACCAAAGCCUUCUCAAAUAUCACAACAGAUACACAAAACAAAUUAAGUUAUUUUCCACCAUUCUUUUACAUAGUACAUGCACUGUUUCUUUUCUUAUGCUUGCCUUUGUUCAGAUAUGUUAAUAUAUUUAUUUAUGCAAGUCUGUGUAAUGCUUUUUGUAUGUUUGUCCUUUAAUUAAACCUUUUCCUUAACCCUA